AAGGAUGUUUGAAGAGCGAUGAUAAGAAAGCUCCAUGCAGAUGUUGAGAUAUGUGAAGAUGUUUAAAAGGCAGCGAGUAUCAUGACUGUAGUACAUCAGAGACAUCAUGAUCUUCACACUGUUGUCUUGUCUUUUACUCAACACUGCUGUCCAGGCAGCAUUGGACACCUGGACCAACGGCACCACUGAAGAAUGUGUUUGUGAGGCAUUCCUGCCCAACGGCACUUUUCCAAACGGAGAGCUGAUUUUACUGGAGAGCACAUCGAUCGAGAUCACCCGCAAACUGGAGAUCGAGAUCAGCAAGGUGGAGAUGUAUGAGGUUCAGAUAAAGGUCUACAUAGCAAAGAUUGUGAAUCUGACGGUGUUAAUAGAGUCGAUGGAGGCCGACCCGGAUUCAUACAAUGAACUUCACAUAGAGGAGGUGAAGAUCAAGAUCAAACAGGUGGAGGCUUUAAUCGUGGAGCUACAGACGUCUUUACAAAUAACAUCUGCUGUUCUCAUAACUAUACGUGAACAGAUUGAUGUUAUGAUCUCUGCGCUGACUCGUCUGGAGAUCACAUACGACAGAAACCUUGUUCUGGUCACACGUCGACAGUACAUCAUUCUUCAACAGAAACUGCUGGAGUGUGAGAGACGCCACAAUGAAAUCUUUAACCCCAACAUCGGAGUCUGCAGUCACGGUGGAAUUAAUCGAAUCAGUAAACCGAUCAUCAGUCAGCUGAAUGCCAAUCUGAAUUCAGGUUAUAAGUACGGAGGUUGGGGUAAAGACUCGAGUCCAGUGUCAGGUUCAGAGAAUAUGUACUGGUACGCUGGUGCUGCUGACACGCUGUUCACUACAGUCACACUUUACUCCGACUAUUAUAAACUCAUCAUCAGACAAGCCUUUCAAACAAAUCAACUUUACGUUUAUAAUAAAUAUGACUGGAGAGGCAGUGGUAAUAAUUACAUCGUGCGCUCCAAUGCUGUUUACUACCAAUACAAUAACCCGUUCAGAAUGGCAAAGUUUAACCUGACCAGCGCCACGGUCGAGACCAAAGUCCUUCCGGAAGCCACCACCAGAUUCUCCUAUCACUACUCUCCAAACCAGAAUCUGGACUUUGCGGCCGAUGAGACCGGACUGUGGGUCACUUACGCUACAGAGGCUUCCAAUGGUAAACUGGUGUUGGGAAAGAUCGACGAAAACUCACUUGAACUACGGGAGGUUUGGCAGACGAGUGUUUUUAAACCGUCUGUAGGUAAUGUGUUCAUGGUCUGCGGUGUACUGUACGCCACUCGAUCUGUCGACUCUAAAACUGAAGAGAUCUUUUACACCUUUAACACUCACACCAGACGGGAGACUUAUGUUAGUAUUCAGUUUGAGAAGUUUCAGGACUCCUACGUUUACUUGGACUACAACCCCACCGAUCAGAAACUUUACAUGUACAACAAUGGUUACUAUGUCAACUAUCAUGUUUGGUUCAACCAGAAUGAUACUCCUAAACUAAACCAUGAAAACUAAUCUGAAUGAUGAAUAUUUUUACAUUCAGCUCUUCUGGUAAAUACAGGGCUGGACUGAAUGUUUUGUAUUCUGUUUCUCUAAUAAACUCUUUCAAGCA